CGUUCUAGUUUGGUUGCUAGGGCGUUGCCAACCAUUAAAAGAGUUCCGGAAAAGAUGUCCAAAAUUCAUCGCCAGAGUCCAUUCGUUGUGGAGAUACGAAACAUAGUAACAAAGAAGCUAGCUGACAUUGAGGACCUGGUGGGUACAACCCAAGAGAAAAGGAACUGGCGAGGCAUCAUCAUUGCAAUGUUGGUAAUCUUGACCAUCAUCGCCUUGAUAGUUACUGCAACCAUUCUGGUCACACCUAAGACAGUAGAUGAGCUCGUAAAAAAGAAGCUAGACUUUAGAGGAUUCAUCAAAGGCGAAUAUGAACCAAAAACGUUCAAUCCUAUUAUGAUUAAAGGCGAGGAUACAUUUUUGUAUCGAUCCAGAGAUGGCGGCGUCCACAAGUAUGAUUGCAAGGCAAACAUAACGCAGCCUUUGUUUGAUAAUUCUUCAUUCAGAGUAUUGAAUACAGACCAGUUCAGCAUAUCCGCCGAUGGGAUGUUUGCCCUGUUCCAGUAUAACAUUUAUAACGUUUACCGACAUUCCACAUUAUCCAAGUAUAAAGUCAUCAAUAUAACCACGAAACAAUCACAUAGCCUUGUGGGCCAUCAUGGAGACCAGUUUCAGACGGUGCGUUGGUCCCCGGUCGGGCAUAGUUUGGUUUUCGUACAAUACAACGACCUUUACUAUAUGCGGGAACCAACACGCAGAGAUGUCAUUCAGCUCACAUUUGAUGGCUUUGGAGACAUCGAGAGAAUCUUCAACGGCGUCCCAGAUUGGGUUUAUGAAGAGGAAAUACUGCGUUCUAAUUCAGCCUUCUGGUUCUCUCCCGACGGCUCGUAUAUCCUUUACGCCUCUUUUGACGACAGAGAUGUGAUGACGUACGAAAUUUUGAUGUAUGACGUCACUGGUGACGAAUUCGGCAGAACUGAACAUCUAUCUUAUCCGAAGCCAGGAACGCCAAAUCCGAAAGUAGUGCUAAAGGUCGUCCAUUUACUUUCUAACACAACAUCAACGAUUCCGGUUCCAAGUGAGAUCAAAAACAUCGAUUACUACUUUACUGCCGUCACGUGGCUGGAUGAAAGUCACGUGCUGGUCACGUGGAUGAAUCGUGCGCAGAACAUGUCCAUUUUAUCACUAUGCGAGGCUAAUGGAGCCUCGUGCAAAAAGAAUUUGAGAGUGGAAUCAACAACGGGUUGGGUCGACUUGUUUCGCCCCGUGGUGUUCAAGCCGGAUGGUAGCAAGUACUUCCUGCUCUUGCCGCAAACCGACGGCACCGCCGGCAGCUUUCAGCACAUCGCCAUGGUUGACUCCGACAGCGACAUUAUGGGAACAUUAAGCGAUGGUUUCAAAACAUUUAUAACAGCAGGACAGUGGGAUGUAUUUGACAUUGUAGGAUACGACGAUAACCUCGAGCAAAUAUAUUUUACUGCUACGAAUAUGGACGACCCUACGGAGAAGCAUUUAUAUAGAGCGACAGUUCAAAAAGACAGCCCUGACUUCAAAUCGAUUAAAUGCUUGUCUUGUGACGUCUCGAAAGACUGCCUGUACGUCGACGCUACGUUUACGUCGUCUGGAAAAUACUACAUACUUGCUUGCAAAGGACCAGGGAUUCCUAUCUACUAUCUUUACUCCACUGAAAAUGGAUUAGUGACAGUCCUCGAGGACAACGCGGACUUGCGGACCAAACUGGAAGACUAUUCCUUGGCUGUGGAGGAGUUUCUUAAGCUUCCCAUCGACAUAGAGGAGACCGAUCACAUGUGGGUCAAAGCUUUAUUACCUCCAGUACUUAGGAAGGAAGAAAUAACGACAUACAACAUCUUAUUUAAAGUAAAUGGUUCACCUGGAACGCAGCUCGUCACCAAGGAGUUUAAUAUCGGAUGGGAGCAGUACCUGUGCAGUUGUCAUAGCGUCAUAAUUGUGUUUGUCGAUGGGCGUGGUUCUGGGGGGCGUGGUAACAGGUGGAUGCAUGCUGUGUAUAAACAGCUAGGCCAACUGGAGGCGGAUGAUAUCAUUACCGCUGCUAAUCACUUUAACAACCUACAUUAUGUGAACGAAAAUACCACUGUAUGGGGCGCGUCCUACGGUGGGUUUCUGACGGCGUCCGUUAUAGCGCGCGCAUCGAAUGCGUUCCGAUGCGGUAUGGCUGUUUCCCCGGUUACAGAUUGGCGUUACUAUGAUUCCGUUUUCACUGAGCGUUACAUGGGUCUGCCUACAGCCAACGAUAAUUUAGGAGGUUAUAACGCGGCGAACAUAUCAAAAUAUGCACCAAACUUCAAGUCCGCUAGAUUUAUGAUUAUACAUGGAACCGGUGAUGAUAACGUACAUUUCCAGAAUUCUGCUCAAUUUAUAAAAGCAUUAGUAGAAGAAGAUGUUUACUUCCGCCAUCAGAUAUACCCCGACGAGAACCAUUUUCUUAACGGGAAAAGCACUAAAAUUCAUCUGUAUAACACCAUGGAGGACUUCAUACUGCAUUGUUACGGCAAACCGAAGAGCAUCAUUGAGUUCAUUAGUGAGCCGUCUGAGAAAGACGUGGAUCCACCGGAAGAAGAGGAAACAGAAUAAAGGCAUUCAUACGAGGAAUACAAAAACACGAUGUGAUGAUUUUACAUCAGUUUUCGUUGAAUUGACUUGAAUGGAAAAUGGACUUCUUGCCAUGCACAGAUGUAGUUAACAGUGACUUAGAUGAAGCAUACCCGAAACUGUUAAGCAUGUCACGCUUUUUUUUAAAUAAAAAUCGAUUUGGCCAAUAAGUGAUGUUGGUUACAACUUUAUGACAUAAUCUUUAACAAUUCAUAUACACUUGGAACUGACAAAUUGUUCUUUUGGGAAAAGCUUCGCCAAAAGUAAGGAAAACAGCCGAUGACGAGUUGCUCCAGAUAUCUAGAAAUAUGCGUAUUUAAACGAGGAAAGUGUUGAGUGUUAUUACACUGAAUGCAUCAACAAUGCAUAAUGUGGAAAUAUGAAGCAAACACAUUUGAUUUGAGAUUACGUGAACUAUGAGCUUCAAAGGAGUGAAGUCACUUACGCUUAUUACAAAAUUGCAAAAAAAGUGUGAUAUUUACAAAAAUGCAAAUAAAACAUGAGUUCCAACGGAUAUAGUGAGUAUUUGGCUAGCUUUCUUGAACUCAAAUAAUAAUCAAAUGAUAGCAUUUAGUAAGAACCAAACAUGAAUUAAACUGCAAGGAUUAAAGUCGAAUAUUGGACUAUUAGGUUGGAUUGAUCUCUUUUUUGCCUUCUGAAGUCAUUGUACAGAUAUAGUUAACUCAAAGUGUUUUCUAUGAUAAAUAGAUUUGCAAAGCAAAC